AUGGCUACGUCGAUACUCGGGGAAGAGCCGAGGUUUGGAACGACUCCCCUGGCCAUGCUGGCCGCGACCUGCAAUAAGAUCGGUAACACCAGCCCCCUGACCACCCUGCCCGAGUCCAGCGCCUUCGCCAAAGGGGGGUUUCACCCCUGGAAACGCUCCACCUCCAGCUGUAACCUGGGCUCCAGCCUCUCGGGCUUCACGGUGGCCACGAGCAGGGGCUCCAGCGGACUGGCCAGCGGCACGGGCACGGCCAACAGCGCCUUCUGCCUGGCCUCCACCUCGCCCACCUCGUCGGCCUUCAGCAGCGACUACGGCGGGCUCUUCUCCAACUCGGCGGCGGCGGCGGGCGUGUCGCCGCAGGAGCCCGGCGGGCAGUCGGCCUUCAUCUCCAAAGUGCACAGCUCGGCGGCCGAGAGCCUCUACCCGCGCGUGGGCAUGGCGCACCCCUACGAGUCCUGGUACAAGUCGGGCUUCCACUCCACGCUCUCGGCGGGCGAGGUGGCCAACGGCGCGGCCUCCUCGUGGUGGGACGUGCACACCAACCCGGGCUCCUGGCUGGAGGUGCAGAACCCGGCGGGGGGGCUCCAGAGCUCGCUGCACUCGGGCGCCCCCCAGGCCUCGCUGCACUCCCAGCUGGGCACCUACAACCCCGACUUCAGCUCGCUCACCCACUCCGCCUUCAGCUCCACGGGCCUGGGCUCCACGGCCGCCUCGCACCUGCUCUCCACCAGCCAGCACCUGCUCGCCCAGGAGGGCUUCAAGCCCGUGCUGCCCUCCUACACGGACUCCAGCGCGGCGGUGGCGGCGGCCAGCGCCAUGAUCACGGGCGCCGCCGCCGCCGCCGGGGGCGGCUCGGCCCGCUCCGCCCGCCGCUACUCGGGCCGCGCCACCUGCGACUGCCCCAACUGCCAGGAGGCCGAGCGGCUGGGGCCGGCGGGGGCCAGCCUGCGGCGCAAGGGGCUCCACAGCUGCCACAUCCCCGGCUGCGGCAAGGUCUACGGCAAGACGUCGCACCUGAAGGCGCACCUGCGCUGGCACACGGGCGAGCGCCCCUUCGUCUGCAACUGGCUCUUCUGCGGCAAGCGCUUCACCCGCUCCGACGAGCUGCAGCGGCACCUGCGGACUCACACGGGCGAGAAGCGCUUCGCCUGCCCCGUGUGCAACAAGCGCUUCAUGCGCAGCGACCACCUGAGCAAACACAUCAAAACGCACAACGGCGGCGGCGGCGGCAAAAAGGGCAGCGACAGCGACACGGACGCCAGCAACCUGGAGACGCCGCGGUCCGAGUCCCCCGACCUCAUCCUGCACGACGGGGUGGGCGCCGCCCGCGGCCCCGGCAAGGAACCUACCGCGGGGCCCGGCGACUCCUAG